CAAACGUUAGAACAUGUUUAUGCUUGGGAGACACCUAUUGCUAGACAAUUAGCUAGGAAUUCUUUUAUGAGGUGUAUCGUGUCCCACGGCGACAUAUCUUGCACCAUGCUUGUUAGGAUGAACUGUAAAACUUUCCAGAAACUUUGUACACUUCUUAGAGAUGUGGGAGGCCUUAGGUGUAGUUGGAACAUUGAGAUAGAUGAAAUGGUGGCCAUCUUCCUUUACACCAUAGCCCAUAACGAGAAAAACCGUCAACUCCAAGUUACCUUCCGUCGUUCAGGAGAAACAAUCUGUAAGGUAAUCAAAACUGUUCUUAAUUCAGUUUUGAAACUUCACUCUCUUUUACUUCGCAAACCCAAGCCUGUUCUCGAGGAUUCUGACGAUCCAAAAUGGAAGCACUUCAAGGUAUAUGGUCUUUUACAUGUGCGAAUAUGUUAUUUCUCAACAUUGUAAACUUUUGACAGUUGCUGGUUUUUUGUUUUAGAAUUGCCUUGGGGCACUUGAUGGAACAAUAGUUAAUGUACGUGCAACGAAAGAGAAUCAAUAAAGAUAUCGUACUCGAAAGGGAACUAUUGGAAUGAAUGUCUUGGGGGUUGUUGACCAGAACAUGGAGUUCAUUUACUGUUUGGCAGGCUGGGAAGGGUCGGCUCAUGAUGGGAGAGUUUUGAGAGACGCCUUGAUUAGGCCAAACGGUUUAAAGGUACCUAGAGGUAAGUUUGAUUGGUUUCUUCUCUAUAUUGUAAUUACAUUAUUCCUCAAUUUGGUAAAUUUCCAAAACUUACAGCCUGCUAAUGAUGACAGGUUUUUAUUAUCUAUGUGAUGCCGGUUACAGUAACUGUGAGGGGUUCUUAUCUCCUUUUCGAGGUCAACGUUAUCACCUAAAAGAUUGGGGUGGGAGACGACCAAGAACACCUGAAGAAAUGUUUAAUAUGAGGCAUUCAACUGCAAGAAACGGCGUAGAGCAAGCAUUUGGCAUAUUGAAGAUGCGUUGGGCAAUAUUGAGAGAUACCACCUUGUUUUCAACGAAAAUGGUUACAAAAAUAGUCAAUGCUUGUUGUCUGCUGUAUAACUUCAUACGUGGAGAGGUUGGUGUUGAUGUGUUUGAGAGGUUGUACGAAGAUGAAGAAGAUGAACCAGAAGUUGUCGAUGAAGAACUCAUACUCCAUAUCCAGCCUUCAGUAGAAUGGUCAGAGUUUAGACAAAAAUUGGAUGCAGAUCUGUGGGCUGCUAGGCCUUGGGCUACUAAUUGAUGGGAGGGUAGUUAGGUUCAUAAUACCAUUUUGUGUAUUUUCCCCCUUUUUGUGUAUUGAACGUGUGUAAGGGGCUGGAAAGUGUUGUAAGGGUUGGUUGAACAUGUAAGCUUGUGUGUAAGAACAUUUAUGAUUUUGGAAAUGACAAAACAGUGUGUAAGCUUUUGAAUUUAUUGUUAUAAGCCUGCCAGUGGGUGUAUGAUCAUUUAUUAUUUCUUAACUAUUGUACUGAUAGUGUAGGUAGAGCUGGUUGUUGGUCGAAAUUAAUGUUUAGCUCUAUUUAAUUGGUAGUGCAGUGCUGGUUCAUUGCAGGAGAAAAGGUUUGGUCAGUUUAUUUUGUUCCUUCUGUUGCUUCUAUUUUUAUUAUUUCAGUUUGUUCAUUCUCGACAGCUUGUAAGCUCUUUGAAGCUUAUUCUUUCUUUCCAAACUUGUUCAUUUUCUGCAGACUAUUCCUUUUGCAGCUUGUUCCUUCUGUUUUUGUAAUUUCAUUUUGUUCAUUCUUUGCAGCUUGUUCUUUCUCUGCAAACUUGUUCAUUUUCUGCAGAUUAUUCAUUCGCUAUCAACUUGAUUGUUAUGUGUAUAUUGAUCCUCUUGGUUUACCUUGUUGGUUUUCAUGUUACGUUGCAGGUUUAGCAUACUAAACAGCUAAGAGAUGGCAGCUAAUCAGGGUGUUGAUGAUGAGGUUAAUGGUGCUGGGCUGGGGAGGCAAAGGGAGUACAAAUCAUGGACGGACCACCAUGAUGUAGUCUUCAUCGAAUGCUUGCUCGACCUUGUUCAAUCAAAGGAGGUUGAAUCAGGGAACUUGAAGAAUGGUGGAUUCAAGAAACUUGAUGCUAUGAUGGCGAAGAGGAUUCCAGGUUUCAACUUGAAUGUCAAGUCAAGGCACCGCUGGUUCAAGAACAAAUAUAAUGCCAUAUAUGAUGUACAGAAUGGGAGCUGCAGUGGUUUUGGCUGGGAUGAGUCCAAGAAACUUAUUAUUGCUGAUGAUGAUGUUUUCAAGGAGUGGGUUAAGACUCAUUCCCACUUUUCUGGCCUCAACAGCAAGUCAUUUCUUUACUAUGACCAGCUAGGAAGGAUAUUUGGAAAGGAUAGAGUAGUGGGUAGUCAGGCCGGGUCAGCAGCUGAUAUGGAGGCUGAGGGUCGUGUUCGACGAGCAUUAAGUGAGGAUCCCAUCAUGUAUGAUGAUGAAACUAGUCAACGUGUGCUGGAAGAGAUGAUAAAUGAAGGCAUUAACCAUAGGGACUUGCUUGAUGUUCCAGAAUCAGGACGUGCUAAGUCACCAAAAGCAAGUGGAAGCAACAAAAGGUCGAAAACUGAUAAGAAAUCUUCAAGCAGUCUUGCUAUAGCUACUGAAAUAGAAAAAAUGCUUCCUCUCAUGGAGAAGACUACAAUGAAUAUAGAAAGGAUGGCAAAUAGCUUUUGUCAUGAAGAUCCAUUGAUGAUUAGGAGAGGUACUUUGUUUGAGGAGCUGUCUAAGGUCGAAGGUUUGUCACAAGAUCAAGUGAUUACAACUGCUAUGGUUCUUGUGAAGGAUGAUAGGAUUGCCCAACUCUAUUACCAACUGCCUACAGAUGAAGAAAAGCUUCACUUUCUGCUUCGUCUCAUCAACUAAUCUAUCUAUCCUAUCUUAGACAAUUAAAAGCAUGAUCUGUAAUCACUUGAUCUGGCAGCCAUCCAUAUUUUGUAAGCUCACUUGAUCUGUAGUCACAUGAUCUGGCAUGAUCUAUAAUCUGUAAUGGCUAAGUGGAGAAUGGGAGCUAUCUACAUUUUGUAAUCACUUGUAUCCAAAAUGCUUUUGGGAUGCACUAGAAAUGAAUGUUCAGGAUAAGUCUUUUUAAAAGGUUUAGCCGUUCUCUACGUUCUAUUUUGGCAUCCAUGUUCAAGCUGGUUUUUUGGUUUCUUAACACAUCCUGGUUUAACAGAAAAAGAACAGCAGCAACAUUUGCAUUUCAACAACAAGCUUCAUACAUUUUUUUUUUUUGGUUGAAGCAAGCUUCAUACAUUACACAUCUCUAACAUGCAUUACAAAAGACAACAACAAGUACAUUGAUCAUACAAAAGACUGAAGCUGCAAGUGCACAUGAAUUACUCUCUGCAGCAUUAGGCCUAACACAACAGACUCUACAAAACCCAACCUAGCUCUAAUCAUAUCGAGUUCCUCUUUCAUAGGCGUACACAGAUCUUGUUCUGUGCAAUUUUUAUUUUCCAGCUGUAAGUUUCCCACCAGUAGUUGAGCAAGUAACUCUUGAAGUUCAUUGUUCCAUUUGCUAAGGGAAAAAUUCUCUUCCCUAAAACGUGUGUUAUCCAUCUUCAAACCACUGAUCAAGACUUUAUACUUUUGUUUCUUCUUCUCAAUUGCCACCUGUAUAUCUUGCCACACGAAAAAAUCACAAGGAUUCUCCGACUGGAAACGUAAAAGGCUCAGUUAGUUAAGCAAGCCACAAGUGAAAUUUAGCGAAGCACAACAUGCAAAAAGAAUACAGAAGUGCACUGAUAAUUGAUCCAAACAAAGAAAUCAGAUGUUUACUUCCAUAAAAAAAAGAAACGAGGUGUUUACUUUGAAUGCAGCAACUUUGCUAGUCGAAUUGCAUCUUCUUGUCCUUAAACUAGAGUAAAUUUUGGCAGGAGCUGCUUUAUGACAGGUGUGAUCACAAUGUCUGCAUUUUCUUUCCCAAUAAACUCUCGGUUGCAUACACAAUGUGGUUCAUAGUAAAGAGUGGAUUGUUCUUGUGGAGAAAUGACAAGGUAUCUGAGAAAGCAAAACAUAUCACAUCUCAGUUAUUCAUUGAAGUGGCAGAUAUUAAUUACCUGCUUCGGAUUCCAUUUUCGACAGCGGAAGAACUUCCGAUUCGGAUUACCAGGCGUAUGGGAUGUCCUAUUGAUUGCGAGAUAUCCACACUUGCACUUGACCAAAAUCGUUACGUUCUCACCAGGAUGUUGGCGGAUUCGUCGGGAGCUCAUUUGGCUGCAGUAAGGUCACCUUCUCCUUCUUUUUAACAAUAUUUUUUUCUCCUCUGAAAUGGCUUAUAUUUUGUGCUGUAAAGGCAAACGAGAGUUGGAGGAGAAAGAGAAAUCAAUGAAGGGUAAUUGUGACU